GAAACUGUAGCGAAGAAGACAUUUGUCAGAGACCUUCUGUGACCGUUCCUUAAAAAUAAUAAAUAAUAAACUUGCAGGUUUAGUUCGGACACUGAAACCCUAGGCGCGUGCACUCAAUCGCAGCAAGAAAUGGGAUCCGAUGGAUCAACGGUUAUCGUUCCCAGAAGCUUUAGAUUACUAGAAGAGCUGGAAAGAGGAGAAAAAGGAAUCGGUGAUGGAACUGUGAGCUAUGGAAUGGAUGACGCCGAUGAUGUAUACAUGCAAUCAUGGACAGGAACCAUCAUCGGUCCUCCUAAUACCGUUCAUGAAGGGCGCAUCUAUCAGCUGAAACUAUUCUGCGGCCAUGAGUAUCCAGAAAAACCACCGACUGUGAAAUUUCAGUCACGCAUAAACAUGAGCUGUGUCAACCAGGAGACGGGUGUGGUUGAACCGUCCCUUUUCCCCAUGCUUGCUGAUUGGCAACGAGAGUACACGAUGGAAACCAUAUUGACCCAACUCAAAAAGGAAAUGACUUCCCCGCAAAACCGAAAACUCACUCAGCCUCCUGAAGGAAAUGAUGAGGGGAGGGUGGACCCGAAGGGACUAGUGUUGAGGUGUUGUAUUAUGUAAUGUAAGUAAAGCAUCUUAGGUGCGAUUAUUACGUAUAUAGUUACCUAAAUUAACCGAACCCUGGCUGCUAAACAGACUGAACAUUAAAUGUAAUCUUGAACAUGAUCAAUGUCUAAAGAAUGCAUUGCCUACUAAUUAAUUUAUAUUUUGAUGUGGUGUGUUUAA